UACCCACAGUCCGCGACGUCCUAUCCCUAUAGCUCGGUUGCUCCUGUCAUCGAUUACGAAGUCUUAGUUCGCUCGGCACAGACGCCCUGACACCUACCAAAUCUUGAACAGCGACCGUGACAAUAUUUCUCAGCUUGGAAUCCCAACCUUCUGCCAGUACCUCCAUCCAGUAUGUCCAACGCAACAGCGUCAUCUCAUGAUCCAUCUUCACGGACGAAGCGUGACACCAAGUGCAAAUGUCAAUGCAAUCCACAAUGCAUAUGUAACUGUCCUUGUCUUGUCCACUGCGUCUGUCGUUGGAAGCGUGACCACAAGUGCAAGACACCUGAGUGCAAGCCUCACGUAUGUGAUAGUCGCUGUAUUUCACACACUUCCCGAAAUCUUGUCGUCUGUCUCGAUGGAACAACCAACCAAUUUGGACAUUGGAACACCAAUGUCAUUGAAUUGUACAAUCGGAUAUUGAAGGAAAGCGAGGAUGCGAACCAGCUCACGUUCUAUAGUAGUGGUAUUGGGACAUAUAUUCCUUCAACCACGCAUUGGCUGUCUACUUGGUUCUAUAACACGAUUGACUCGGCAAUUGCAAGGAGUUUCAUGGUGAUCAUCGAAAAGGCGUAUCGGUGGUUGGCGCAUAAUUAUCGAGAUGGGGACAGGAUAUUCCUGUUCGGGUUCUCUCGUGGAGCAUAUCAGGUUCGAGCAGUGGCAGGGAUGAUCCAAAAGCUUGGCCUCGUACUUUCCGGAAACGUAGGGCUGAUUCCCUUCGCCUAUGAAUUGUAUACCAAUAGGCAUAAAGGCAAAGCCAUCAAAGACGAAGCGGAUGCAAGAGCUCUGUGCGAAAAUUUUAAGCGUACAUUUUCAAGAAACGUCAAGCUCCACUUCGUCGGUGUAUGGGAUACUGUCGCAUCUGUAGGGCUAGUACAGAAAAGUCCCUUACCACUGACCACUACUGCCUACCACAAUUGCACUUUCCGCCACGGACUUGCUCUCGAUGAAUGCCGUAUCAAGUUUCUCCCCACGUACUUGGCUGGUGGAUGGACACCAAAUCUUCGAUUGGAUUAUUACAGUCUCGAUGACAAGGAGAUGGACGUUAAAGAGGUGUGGUUCGUAGGCAGUCAUUCAGAUGUCGGUGGAAGCAAUGACCCACGUACUCUGAGCCUUGGCCUUGUUCCUCUUCUUUGGAUGGAGAAUCAAGCAAUUGAUAUCGGUCUUCGUUGUAGAAAACGGAACUUUUUUGGUGACUGGACGUGGGAUAAUCUUCAUAAAAGCAGACCAACGAUAUCGUUGCGGAGUUUCUGGCAUUUACUCGAGGUCCUGCCCAUCACACGGUACCAAUACACAGAUCCGAAUGCUACUACUCGAAUUCCGCAUUUUGGGAAGGGUCGCUCAAUUGUCCCUCGUCAACAUAUCCACGUGUCCGUGGCCUUCAGCCGUAAAAACUACAAAUCCAAAGCCAGGUUUCUCGGUGCCAAGACAAUAGAUCUGGAAUCUAUCAUAAAAUUAGGUAUAAACUCUGACCCAGGUAAGGCCGGUGACUUGUCCUGGGCCGAUGAGUGGAAACAUGUCUUCGAAAUGGAUUUAUUUGAUGAUGCCUUUGCGCAGGAGAUGAUUGAACGGCUUGAUUCCUCCACAGUUGUCAAUGAGCAGGUUUCCUUGCUAUGGCGUCUAUCUAUUAUGGCAUUGUCCUCUCGAAGCGCAAAGAAGAUAUCGAGCAAAAUUGGCAUCUUUGUGAAGAUGCUCAAAGCAGACCGCGAUACUCGCAUCCAAGCUGGAAGUGCCUCUUGUCUCUUCCAACUCGCAAACCACAGGUUUAGUCAACAGAUUAUAUCAGAAAAAGAUGUCUUACCGGAGCUUGAAAGAAUGCUCAAAAUACACAAGGAAGAAAAGGGAUACAAGGAGCUGAAAAUUGCCAGUCUUCAGUGCCUCUUACAAUUGGUCUUGGACUCCCAGGUCUCCAAUCAACAGGGCACCGACUGCCAUUCUGGACCGGCAGUAAUGAUACUGAAGGAUGAGCAAAUGAACUGGCCAGAAUUUCUCUAUGAUUGCCUAGGACUUGGCCCAGGCAACCACUCAAUUCAGCCUCUAGCGGGCUUGUCUUGUUUAAUGCGCCUCGCUAAAAUAUGUUUGCGAUUUUUUUUUUUUUCACAUUUGGUGCCUGCGUGAAUUGACAAUGUCUAACAGCCUAUCUAAUGGAGCAAAAGUUCAUGAUAUGGGUUGGCAAGCCACCGAAAGGUGCAGGCAGCAAUAAAAGUACCAGAUGGUCGUCGCUGGUUUCAAAACUCUUAAAGUACCUGGAGGACGAUCAGACCAGAUUUCAUGCUGCUUUGACUCUCAGAAAUAUGUCUAAAGAAGUAAUUAAACGGUGGUCGACUGACUCGACUCCAGGUCGCUGUAUGCGUUAUUGGCUGCAAGUGCUGUCAUUGUCCAGUUGAUGCCUCUUUCAGCUACCCAGAAAAGCAACCUAUUGAGAAGCCUC